UUGACUUUCUUAUAUGAGGGAGCAUGCUAGUAAAUAGUAUAAGAUAUAUUAUUGAACCUCUUCCAACCACUCAAUUUAUUGAUUCAAAAAGAUUCUUGACAAAUAACAUCAUUUGUAAGUAAAUUACUAACUAAAUCAUGAAUUAUUGUUUGGUGUAAGAUUUAUUAUUAAAUAUCUCUUGACAACUCGAGUUAUAGAUACUAAUGGUUUUUGAGAAAGAACAUCAUACGAAACAGAACGACUAACUAAAUCAUUAAUAAUUGUUUGGUAUAUAGAGUAAUAUUCUUCAUACUUUCGACUGCUAAUUUAUUUUAAUUAACCAAAAUUUUCCAAUAUAAGAUUAUGUCAUGAAUGAAGUUAACAACAAUUAUUUACCAAGUGUAUUUUUCUUCUAAUGGACCCACCUUAGAUGAAAUUCUGGCUACGCCACUAACUGUGGAGGAGGUUGAAGGUAAUAAAAAUGUUUAUGAUGAUAGAACUAUUAAGUUCGGGUGUCGAAGUUGUGAGUGUGACUGCGGUUGGACUUGGAACUAGUGGUUGGACGGAGAUCGGCGAAGAUGAAACUCAUCAGAACUCUCUUCCCAUCAUGCAUAACUGCAUGAGGGUCUUCCCUUUAAUUUCAGUAUUCUAGAGCAUAAUUCUCUACCGCAGGAUGUUGUGUGAAAAUCGCCAUUUUAAGUUCCCUAGCAUAUCGAAGCCCCAACCCUUUCAAUUUUUUGAGUUUGCAAACUUAAUCCCAAGACACGAGGUUUGGUUUACUAGCUUCGUCUAGUGACCCCUGUCACAUGUGGCAGAUGACAUGACGCCAACAAGGUGACAACAUGGCGGCUGCACAUGUGGCAUGCAUGGAAGACUAGUAGCAUAGAGAUGCUCCUAGGAUCUCCACCUUAAUAGAGAGCUUAAUGGUGCACUUAUGAGUCACAUAAUGGGUGACAUUUAUAGAGUGCAUAAUGGGGGGACUUAAUGGGGUGUAUUGAUGUAGAUAGAGGGACAUUAUGAGGGGCAUUGAUGCCUUGUAUGAGGAGAGGCCUACAUAAGGAGCCAUCUCCCUCACUUGUAACUCAUUCCAUCAUUUUUUAGAGUAAUACACACUAGAGAGUUCUCCCACUUCUUUGUCUUUGCUUUCUUGUUAUUUGCUUGCUUGUGAGUUUGAGAGAAGGCUGCCUAGCGCUCUAACGAAAUUGAGAGCUAGGGUUGCACGAUCGAGAGUAAGAUUGUGACAAGUGGUAUCAGAUCCCCGUUAAAAGCUUCGUCGUUGUGCUAGCAAAGUAGAAGCAAUAGCCAGACGAAAAGGAAGAGCCUCACCAAAAUGUCGGGAUCAGAAGUCAAUGACGACAUGAGAAGCGUGGCAGAGAGCCUACCCCGGGCGGGAGGUCCAAAGGCGCGUCGAGCACUCGUGAUCCUCUCAAGUCUCUAGAGAGGCGAGUCUCGAGAAUGGAGGUGAAGCUUUCUGAAGAUGUCACCGCCAUCGAGGAUUUGGGAGCUAACUUCGCCCAAGUCCAAGGUGAUGUUCAAGGUAUGAAUGCUCGUUUGUCGAGCUUGGAGAUUGUUCAUAAUGGCAUACGAGAAGAGCUUGUGGCCCUCAUCAACAACACCAUCAACGAAUCCUUGAACAACGCCAUUGAAGUUGUGAAAGAGCAUGUCCAGGCUGAGCUGGUCGGCGUGAAGGAGGAGAUUGCAGACCUCAAGAGUGAGGUCACUCUCAUGAAGAGAGCCAUGGCUAGCGGACCAGCCCCGGUGCAAUCCAUCCCACGUGCUGAUGUUCCAAGACCAAAGAGCUUCGGAGGUUCAAGGAACGCGAGGGAGUUAGAGAACUUCCUUUGGAGUCUUGAGCAGUACUUCAAGGCGUCCGGCAUCCAAGAGGAUGAGGUAAAACUUCAUACCGCUCCACUAUACUUGGUCGAUGUUGCAAUGGUGUGGUGGAGGCGACGUGAAGCGGACGUCGAAAGAGGUACUUGUGUGAUGGUAACGUGGGAAGAUUUCAAGAGAGAAAUCAAGAAGCAGUUCUACCCAGAGAACGUGGAGUCUGAAGCCCGUUCGAAGUUGAGAAGAAUCACCCAGAGGGGUGGAGUUCGAGAAUAUGUGAAAGAAUUCUCGGAGCUGCUUCUAGAGAUCCCGGACAUCACGGAUAAGGAGGCCAUGCACGGCUUUCUUGAUGGGCUGCAACCAUGGGCCAAGAUGGAGAUGCAACGUCGAGGAGUGCAAGACCUUGCAACUGCCAUGGCCACGGCGGAUUCUUUUGUCGAGUACAAAAGGCAAGAGACCAGCGGCAACGAGAAGAGUUCGAAGCCCAACAAGGGUGGAGAACAGCAGAAGCCUUUCAAUGAGGGUUCUCACACUCAACAACACCAAGGUGGUUCGAGCAAAGGGGGUAAGUACGAACCAAAGCCCGUAUCUUGUUUCCUUUGCGACAGACCACAUCGAGUGCGGGAUUGCCCAAGGAAGGCGAGAUUGGCGGCCAUGGAAGCUCAAGAUGAGGAUCCCAAGGCGGCGGAGGCCAAGAUUGGCUCAAUCCGCAAGCUUGGCGCGGUGAAGACAGACGUCAAGGAGAGCAAGCGUGGGAGGUGCUAUGUUCUGGCGCAAUUCAUGCAAGGAUUCAAAAGCCUUGGUGGAUACCGGUGUCACGGACAACUUCCUUCGCAUCGAGGAAGCUCGUGUCUUGGGAUUAAGUUUGCAAACUCAAAAAAAGUGGGAGGAUGUCACAUGUGGCAGAUGACAUGGCGCCAACAAAGUGACAACAUGGCGGCUGCACAUGUGGCAUGCAUGGAAGACUAGUAGCAUAGAGAUGCUCCUAGUAUUCUCCACCUUAAUAGAGAGCUUAAUGGUGCACUUAUGAGUCACAUAAUGGGUGACAUUUAUAGAGUGCAUAAUGGGGGGACUUAAUGGGGUGUAUUGAUGUAGAUAGAGGGACAUUAUGAGGGGCAUUGAUGCCUUGUAUGAGGAGAGGCCUACAUAAGGAGCCAUCUCCCUCACUUGUAACUCAUUUCAUCAUUUUUUAGAGUAAUACACACUAGAGAGUUAUCCCACUUCUUUGUCUUUGCUUUCUUGUGAGUUUGAGAGAAGGCUGCCUAGCGCUCUAACGAAAUUGAGAGCUGGGGCCGCACGAUCGAGAGUAAGGUUGUGACACCCCCCACACAAGGCUCGAAUUCGCUUGUAAAUUAUGGCCUCACAAGACAAGAAUUAGAUCAUGCAUCUAAUAUAUAUUACAAUUGGAAAAAAAAAAAUAUGUGGGGAGCUCUCUCCCCUCUCUCCUCCGUCUAUGGAGGCAGAUCGGCGACUCUAUGAUUACCAUGUUAUCGGUAAUACUCACUGCUUAUUGAGGAACCAACGCUAGGAACAUGAUUGGGGAUACAUCGUCCCUGCCCCUACCGGUCGCCAUGAACGUGAUGUCGUCCAUCGACAUGGCUUUUACGCCAGGCCAAGAUGCCAUUCCAGAAUAAGGAAUUUUAAAAGGA